AUGCCUGCCUUCCAGCAUCUGAAGGUCAAGCACGGAGGAGCACCAGCAAAGAACAUGAUAAAUUCUGCUCUCUCGACAAGAUGGCCACACCGGCAGUACCACGUGGUCUGGCUGCACCCAGUCAUUUUGGCCUCCAUUGUGGACAGCUACGAGCGACGCAACAAGGGAGCUGCCCGAGUUAUCGGGACCCUGCUGGGAACCGUUGACAAGCACUCAGUGGAAGUCACCAAUUGCUUUUCAGUGCCACACAAUGAGUCAGAAGAUGAGGUGGCUGUUGACAUGGAAUUUGCUAAGAACAUGUAUGAGUUGCACAAGAAAGUCUCUCCGAACGAGCUCAUCCUGGGCUGGUACGCUACAGGCCAUGACAUCACGGAGCACUCAGUGCUGAUCCAUGAGUACUACAGCCGAGAAGCCCCCAACCUCAUUCACCUCACAGUGGACAGCAGCCUCCAGAAUGGCCGCAUGAGCAUCAAGGCCUACGUCAGCACUUUAAUGCGUGUUCCUGGGAGGACCAUGGGAGUGAUGUUCACCCCUCUGACAGUGAAAUACACAUACUACGACACUGAACGCAUUGGAGUUGACCUGAUCACGAAGACCUGUUUCAGCCCCAACCGCGUGAUUGGCCUCUCCUGUGACUUGCAGCAAGUGGGCGGAGCUUCCGCUCGCAUCCAGGAAGCCCUCAGCACAGCGUUGCAGUAUGCGGAGGACGUGCUGUCUGGAAAGGUGUCAGCCGACAAUACCGUGGGCCGCUUCUUGACGAAUCUGGUUAACCAAGUACCCAAAAUAGUUCCCGAGGACUUCGAGACCAUGCCCAACAGCAACAUCAACGACCUGUUGAUGGUGACCUACCUGGCCAACCUCACACAGUCACAAAUUGCCCUCAAUGAGAAGCUUGUGAACCUGUGA